AUGAUGAUGCGAGUGGUAGGUAAGGGGAAAAAAACAAAAGAGGUGAAAAAGAGCCGUGAGGCGUCUUCGGAGAAAAAAAUCCCGUCUCCUUUGGAAGUGGAGGGAGCUCAAGACGUGCCAAACGCCAACAAUGUCCGUUACAUCCUUCACAACCAAUGGUCAUUGACGUUGCUUGUGGAUAUCUAUGAGACGGAACGGCUUACGCAAAUAGCUGUUGCCAAUGGCGCAGCAAUAGGGGACCUUCCUGUUCAGUUAAAUCUGUCCGUAUGGGCCCUCAAGAAAAUGGGUGUGGGGAAAUCCAGUCAGUCCCUUAGUGGAUUAUCAACGGAGUUGGUUGAUGCCGGAAAAAAUGUAAAGUGGAUGUUGGGCGGGAGACUGCUGAAAAUGGUUAUUGAUUUAUCCGAGGGGCCCGAGUGCAGUGCAUCAGCGGAACCGGGAAGAUACACUUCACUUGCAUCGAUGAAACAGAGUUCGAAGUUGGGUGAGUCAAACUACAGAGUGACCGUAGACCUGUUGUGUGAAGGUGGUAAUAAGUGGCCCGUAUUUGGCACACCCGAGUCAACAUGCAACACAUCAGGGGACUCAUCGCCAACAAGUAUAGUCCCCCGUGCGUUAAAAUUUAGCCUGUCUCCCGUCACCACGAGAGAAGCUAGUGCUUCAUUAGACCAAUCUGUCCUCAUGCAGCUGAAUGAGUUUACCACGUUGGAUACCAGUAGGUUUCCUGUUGUGAAAUUAUGCCUCAGCAUGGAAGGGGAGAAGGGCCGAAUUGUACAUUUUGCGGAGCGCAUAUUUUCAGGGAUAGGCGUAAGUGUGGACGUGCGGUGCUUGAGUGAUGAGGAAUUAUCUCCUGAGGCCCGCAGAGAGCCAGGGACUGGAGUGAACAUAACUGCUUUUGAAGAGCACGACAGUGAGGGGAGAGAAUACCUUUUUAUCGAGUUAGACUCUAGCAAGGAUUACGGUGCAGUGGGCGACGACGAACGGAUAAUUAGUAAUGCAAAUCACGUGCGCGUCGGGUCUCGUUACCUGCUGAACUUCACAGCUACGCGCCCAGCACCGCGACUGCCGGAUUUUGCAGAGGUGUAUAGAAGUGUUCGCGACCACCUUCACCAGUUGCCCAAUGCAUUGAACAACCUCAACAUGCCGAGCGUGCGGGCUGCUGUAGUGAAAGAUUUGGUCCAACAUGUGGCUUCGCGGGAGUUGAAAAACAUGAUUUGGGAGGCUGUUCGUUUGUAUAUUAUUAGGGACUACCUGGAAGCUGAUCAACGGAGUAUCUCAACAUCUCCUAUAGUGAUUCGAACCCUUUGA